AUGUAUUCAUACAGGGAUACAUACUGGGUGUUAUACACACCUGCAGAGAAGCGGUUCGAUCAAUUUACUAAUAUUCUCGAGCAUCAGGGUGCUGAAACACAGCCAAGUCCAUCCACGAACGGCAUAAAUGGCACAAGUGGUAUCAACGGCACCAACGGCACCAACGGCACCAACGGUGUCAAUGGAUACCCCCAAGCAGGAAAGGAGCCAAUUGCUAUCAUAGGAAUGGGGCUUCGUCUUCCAGGGAGCUCGACAGACACUUCGAAGCUUUGGGACCUUCUCCUAGCAGGGAAGUCCGGUCACUGUGACACUCCCCCAUCACGUUUCAACGCUGAUGCUUUGUACCAUCCGGAUGCGGAUCGACCCGGAAGCAUCAACUCUAUGGGCGGCUACUUUCUCACCGAGGACCCGCGACUGUUUGACAACACCUUCUUUGGUAUCAACAAUGUGGAGGCUAAGUAUAUGGACCUCCAGCAGCGUAAGCUCCUGGAGCUUGAUUUCGAAAGCUUUGAAAAUAUCGGCGUAUCACUCCAGGAUCUUUUCGGUGCAAAUGAAUGCGAUUCCGCCAUUGUUGCCGCCUCGAAUUUGAUUCAAUCGCCCGACGUGCGUCUCGGUGCCGGCAAGGCAGGCAUUCUGUCUCCAACCUCAACAUGCCACACAUUUGAUUCAUCAGCUGAUGGAUAUGGUCGUGCGGAGGGAGUCGGCGCUCUUUAUCUUAAGAAGCUGAGCAAGGCACUUGCAGAGGGGGAUCCCAUCCGCUCUAUCAUCCGCGGGAUAGCUGUAAAUAGUAAUGCGAAGACGACUGGAAUUACGGUGCCCAGCGCUGAUGGCCAGGAGGCUCCACAUGGAACAGGCACGCCUGUGGGCGAUCCUAUCGAGGUAGAAGCUCUGUCUAGGGUGUUCUGUAAGCGGUCCGGAGCCGCAAUCAAAACCGGGUCGGUCGAGACCAACCUCGGUCACAGUGGAGCGGUCAGUGGCAUGACGAGUCUGUUUAAACUUACUCUGGCACUCGAAAAAGGAACAAUGCCAGGUACAAUCGGUAUACAAAAUGUCAAUCCUAGCCUAGCGCUUGAGGCUCGCAAUCUCAGGAUCGUUACCCAACCCGAAGCUUUCAGAGAGACAUACCCACGAGUUGGCUUGAACUCCUUUGGCUAUGGUGGCGCUAAUGCUCAUGUUAUACUGGAGAGUGCGAGAGCUUACCUUCUUGCAGAGAGCCAGGUGGUCCCAGUACUGCAAGACGACGCCUCAACAAAAACCUUCCUUCUUCCUGUUUUUGCUCAUAAUAUUGACUCACUUCGGUAUCGCAUACAAGAUCUUGCUGUUCUUGUGAUCUCGCCUAAUCAACUCGGAGACCUCGCUUACACCUUGGGGUGUCGGAGAACCCACUUCUCCACACGCGGGUUUCUACUCGCUCGAGAGGCAUCCUUUGCCGUUGACCUACAGAUCGACAAGCUGGUCCAGCUUUCAGGUGGAUCUAGAGGCAUUCCACUUCCUCUGUCUUUCGUCUCCACCGGAAAAGGGAGUCAAUGGCCUAGAAUGGGAUGCGAGCUGUUGGAUGAGUUUCCCAAUUUCUCCAAUCAAUUCGUCGCAUGGACGCUCAGCUUUCCGAACUGCAACAUCGCCCAGAAUUGCGCUCGUGGAGUUAUGGCGGAUUGGGACAUCAUGCCAGAUUCAGUUAUUGGACAUUCCUCUGGAGAAAUAGCUGCCGCUGUGUCUGCUGGACACAUCUCCGCGGACGAGGGGAUUGUCAUUGCUUACUAUCGAGGCUACGUUGGUUCCAAUAGCGAGUUGCCUGGAGCAAUGAUAACCGUCGGUCUAAGUUGUGAAGAUGGAGUUCAAAAGCUUUUCGAACAUCACUUCGAAAACGUGCUUCGAAUUGCGUGCGUCAACUCUCCACAAAGCAUCACCGUUAGUGGGGACGCUAAUGCUAUAGAAGGGUUUCUUGCAGCCCUUCAACAGGAGGGUAUAUUUACUCGGAAACUCAGAACAGACAAUAAGGCGUAUAAUUCCUCACAUAUGAGCUUCCUUGGGGAUGAGUAUGAAAGGCUGUUGUCCACUGCUGGUAUCGGGAGCAGAUCUAGCCCUUAUCGGCCAGAUUCAUCGGUCUCUAUGGUUUCGACUGUCACGGAAGGCGAGGCCUCAGCUAAGUCAACCAAUAGAGCCCGUUAUUGGCGUACGAACCUGGAAUCUCCCGUGCUUUUCCUUGGGGCAAUGACUCGGCUCCUCUCGCGUCAUCCGCAUCACAUCAUUGAAAUCGGUCCCCAUUCUACCUUGGAGCUUCCCAUCAAACAAAUUAGGGCCCAAUUGACGGCCAAUGAUUUACCCGGGUCAUAUUUGUCUGCACUUUCACGAGCAAAGAACCCUGUGACGACGUUACUUCAUAUGGCUGGACAGCUGUAUCUCCACAAUCUCAAGAUUCACUUCGACAAAAUUAAUCAGCUUAAUUCCACUGAUCUUGAAAAAGAAAAACAGUUCCAGGUUCUUGUUGACUUGCCCAAGUACCGGUGGGCUUACGGCCCCCUUUCCUGUUUUGAACCUCGAGCCAGCUCCGAUAUGCGCAACCGCCGAUACCCUCGCCAUGAUCUCUUGGGCUCAAUAAUGCCAGGUGGCCCUCCUCAGUGUCCUACAUGGCGAAAUGUCUUAAGACUUGAAGACUCUCCUUGGCUACAAGAUCACAAACUAGGUGACAGUAUCGUCUUCCCAGCGGCAGGAUACCUGACCAUGGCCAUGGAGGCAUUGGCCCAGACGAAUCCAUUGGACCACUCUACCCCUUCUGUAUCAGACGGGGUCGAAGUCUUCACUAGGCUUGACGUAAAAGGUCGUUAUGCAAUGACAACAUCCUCACAAUGGUGGGACUUCGAAAUUAGCUCCUUCAACAAUAACCGGUCUUUCAUUCACGCCACAGGGACAAUUGGCAUCAUCCCGACCCCUACCAAGAGGAAAAGUCGAUUCAGAACUGAUUGUCCGAUGCGGCCUCAGCCAGUCCGUGUCUGGUAUGACAAGCUCGCCAGAGAAGGAAACGUUUUUGGACCUUGCUUCCAGUCUUUGAAGGAAAUUAAGAACAAUCAGCUGCAAAAACUCCCCCAAACUUUAUCCACGACUGCAUUUCAGAAUGGUGGACGUGAGGGCAAAUUGCGACAGUCGUCAUAUCUUAUCCACCCCAUCACCCUGGAUGCCCUUUUGCAGACUGAUGCCAUCGCCCAAGCUCGAGGAUUGUUGGAGAACUAUCGAAGCCAAGCCCCUGUUGCAAUUGGCAACAUGCAGUUGUAUCCUUCAAAUCUUCCACCAGCUGGAGAACCCUGCACUAUCCGUGCAGUUGUCGAGAACACGAGCAUCGCAGCGACGAAUGCGCAAAUUGAGAUGCUUUCUUCGGCUAGUCAACCUCAACUUCUAAUGGAUGAAGUCCGUCUCGUCUUGGUUCCAGGCUUUAAGGCGCUGGCGUCUACGAGCCCCGAAGAUCGACGACAACCAAUGCUUCGGGUGUGCUGGAGGCCGGACAUAACAAAGCAGACGUUUAGCAGCACCCAAUUUACAGCAUAUCUCGAAAGCUUCGCAGGCUUCAUCUCAGAAUCACUUCAGCUGCCGAGUAUUGAAGUCGGUCGACUAAGUGGCGGACUUGACCUUGUGACGCAUAAGUAUCCGUCGAUGCGGAUAUUAGAGAUCGGAGACGGCGACAACGCUAUAACUAAGAGCAUUCUAAGCUUCCAGACUUUCGAUGGGUUGUCAAAAUUCAAGUCCUAUACGCAAGCAUUGAUUGAUCAGCAUGGAAAUUUACAAGGACGUGAGAUCCAAAAUUCCAUUGAAGACGAGGAUAGCAAUCGCCGGAAGAUGCUCGAAACCUCCAAAUUUGACACUGUUCUUCUCAAAAAGCGAAUUGUGAAAGCCGACAUGUCCAAUAUCCUUUCUUGGGUAUCAUCUUAUCUAGCAACUGAGGGCUACCUGGUGUUCAACGGGUCGGAAGACGUAGCCACAAUGCUUCCAUCAGACCCGUUCCGUACCGUUUCAUCGCCAUCAAAUGGAUCUGGAUGCGCCACUGUCGUUGCUCGAGCUCUGUCUCCUAAUGAAUCAGCUGCAAUUACUAUGACUGACAUCAUUAUUGUUGAACGCGGUGAUGAAGCUUCUCUCAACAGCAGAUUGGCGAUGCAUUUGAGCCAAGCCUUCAACGGAGCCGUCAGAGUACAACGAAUUUCGUUUGAUAAACUAGACACUCAUCAGAUCCCGCAGAAAUCGACAGUGAUUUCGACAGUCGAGUUCAACCGUCCGCUGUUGUCCCAGAUAAGUGCAGACGAUCUUACCCGAGUCAAGUGCAUUACCAACAACGCAGCGAAUCUUCUCUGGAUUACAGGAGGGGGGACAUUGAAAGCGCGAGAUCCUUUCAGGUCUCUCGUGUUAGGGCUCGCUAGAGCACUCAGCCUUGAACAACCUAAUCUUAAAUUUGCCGUGCUCGAUCUCGAUAUUCAGGACCCGGAAUCUGACUUGCAAGCUAGUUGUGUCAAUAUUGGACUCGUUUUGCGUGAAAUAUUGCAGGAGUCGCACUCUGAUGUCGAAUAUCUGCAGCACAAAGGGAUCCUUUUCUGUAGCAGAGUCUUACCAGAGAGAUUCUUGAAUGAGUCAUUCAAUAAGAAGGAAAAGUUGGAGACAGUCGUUACGCCGUUGGGUCAAACCGGCACUUGCCGCUUGUCACUUAGAGCACCGGGUCAGCUGGACACCCUCCAUUUCGUGGAGCAGGCAAAAGGGACGCCCAAUCUGGAGCCUGGAUUUCUUGAGAUUCAAGUGAAAUGCGUGGGCUUGAACGAGAAGGACAUUCAUGCUCUUACUGGAACAAUUGAUACUAACAACUCUACCUGCGCGUUGGAAUUUACUGGUGUCGUAAUGGGAGUCGGGUCAUCUACCUCCGAGUUUGCGGAGGGAGAUAGUGUUGUCGUAAUGGCUUCAAACAACUUCAGCACCUUCGAAAAAGUCCCGGAGUGGGCGUGCUGUAAGCUACUUGAAGAUGAAGACUUGAGCACUCUAUCAACCGUACCCCAGGUUUACUCAUCGGCACUAUACGGACUCCGCGACAGAGCAGCAUUGCAGGAGAGAGAGACUGUUCUCGUUCAUUCUGCGGCUAGUGGCUCUGGUAUCGCGGCGAUCCAAGUGGCGAAAUAUCUCAGCGCUGAAACCUUUGCUACGGUCGGAUCGGACUCGAAGAGAGAUUUCUUGGUUAACCAAUUAGGGCUAAAGAAGGAUCAUAUCUUCGACUCAAAUCAAUCAUCCUUCCUUGAUGAUCUUCUGGAUAGAACAGCUGGCCGAGGCGUCGAUGUCGUUUUCAACAGCUUGACCGGACCGCUUCUUCACAAUAGUUGGAAAGUCUGCGCAGAGUUCGGCAGAUUUGUGGUAGUAGGGAAGCAAGAUGCUCUUGAGUUCGGUCAUUUGGAUAUGGAAAAUUUCAGGGACUGUGUUACUUUCAGCGCUUUUGAUUUAAACUCACUGUACUAUUCGACAAACGAAGUUUACCACCGAAAGUUUCAGAGGCUGUUGCAAGAAAGUUUGAAUCUUCUGCGCGAAGGAAAAAUCACUCCUUCGGCUCCGCUCAAACUGUUUGAUGUGUCCAAGGUGACGGAAGCAUAUCGAUACUUACAACAAAGCAACCAUAUUGGGAAAGUCGCGAUAUCUCUUGAGAACCUAGAGUGCCAGAUACCGGUGCUCAGUCUGAAGUACCAGUACCAAUUCGAUCCUGAAAAAAGCCUAUCUUAUGGUUGGCUGUCUAGGGGGCAUCGACCUGAGGCGAUGGAACUCGUUGAAGAUUUGGAGCAGGCAGGAGGGGAAGUGACGGUUAUUAAGGGCGAUGUUUGUCAGAAGACUGACGUUGACAAUGCUGUCGCCCGAAUUCAGGAACCUGUCGGCGGAGUGAUUCAUGCGGCCCUGGGCCUAGAUGAAGCGCUAUUCGCUCCAAUGUCUGGGGAAAGCUGGCACGCGAGCAUUCGUCCCAAAGUCUGGGGCACUUGGCACUUGCACAACGCGCUUAGUACGCGGGAGUCUUCGCUUGAUUUCUUCCUUAUGACGAGCUCUGUUUCGGGGACGGCAGCGACUGCGACAGAAAGCAAUUACUUUGCAGCCAACGCUUUUCAGGACGCCUUUGCCCGCUACAGACGAAGUCUUGGGCUCAAGGCCACAGCAUUGGGCAUUGGCAUGGUGAGUGAAGUAGGAUACUUACACGAGCAUCCUGAGAUCGAGGCUCUGUUGCUUCGCAAAGGCCUGCGUCCCUUGACCGAACAAGAGCUCCUUCGUAUUAUCGACAUGACCCUAGCGAAUCAGAACAAGACCGAGCUACAAUGCGGAGAGACUACUACAUCGAGGGCCAUAUCCUUACCGGCCUGGAGUCCCAAGGUCUCCAGCAACUGUGGAAACAAGGCUUCGAGAUGGAUAAUCACAUGUUAUAUGAUCCACGCUGCGGCAUUCUUGCGAAUGCCCUUAGCAGUGUGGCGGCCAAUCCCGCUGGAGGGGACUGCACCGUUAGAGGCGCUGUCAGAUGCCGUACAAGAAGUCUUAGGGCACAGGCUUCGUCACCUUCUUUUACUGCAACCGGAGCAGUUAGGGGCGCAGACAGGCCUAAGUGAAUUUGGUAUGGACUCAAUGCUAGCAGCCGAGUUCCGCAUGUUGCUGUUCCAUACUCUCAAUAUCGAUUUGCCGUUUCAGACCCUCCUGGAGAAUGGAACGACCGUAGCACAACUGACGCAGAUGGUUGUCGAACGGCUGUCGGUCAGCGAGAAGGAGACCGCAAAGAUCAAAGAUUAG